UCAACUCCGCUUCUUCUCCUCUUUCCAUCUCUUUCUCUCCUUUCUUCCUUUCCUCCUUACCUCUCCUCAUCUCCCCUUUUUCACCUUCACCUUCACCUCCACCUCCACCUUUAUCCAUUAUAUACCUCCCUCCAUGUCCUACCAUCCCCCCCCUUGAUCGUCGCUUAACAUCCCUGCGACUGUCUCACCAACCCCGCCCAUCGCUUACUUACCUACCAUGUGGAAGCCAUGAGUUUCUUCGCCCACUACACCAAUCUGCCCGCCAUUCACACUCGCAAGGCCCUCCUCCUCCUGGACUUUCAGAAUGAUUUUGUCCGCCCCAACGGAGCCCUGCAUGUGUCCAACACCGCCGAGUUUCUUGAUCUCCUCCCGCAGCUCGCCACCGCCUUUCGUCGCAAUGGCGAGGUCGUCUGGGUGCGCUCCCAUUACCGCGAUCGACAGCCCUUAGUGUGUCCGUCCGAUGCGCAGGACCUGGUCGUACUCGGUCGCAUGAACCAGGACACGAGGAGGGACCAGACUGAGGACGACGAAGGCCUCGAUGCCGGAGAUGAGGAUCCAUCACCGCCCGUUGACCAGGAGGCCUUCCUCUCCGUGGACCCGCCGCGGUGCUGUAUCCCCCAGACGGCCGGCGCACAGUUCCCUGCCCCCAUCUUAGCCGCCAUUGACAUGGAGUCCGAUACGGUGAUCGACAAGACCGAAUACUCCGCCCUGCGAGACCAAGGCCUGAUACUGUUCUUCCGCACCAGUUUUGUCACCGAGAUCUACCUCUGUGGAUCGCUGUCCAAUGUCUCCGUCUACGCCACUGCCCUGGAUGCCGUGCGUCACGGCUUUGCUGUCACCCUGAUCGAGGACUGUCUCGGAUUCCGCAGUUUUGCGCGCCACGAAGAAUCCAUGCGCCGCAUGGCAGACAUUUUCGGCGCGAAUGGUAUCACCACCGAGGAGCUGUCCGAGGAACUCGACUGGGAGGAAACGGAGGAGAUCGCACGUAAAGGUGGCCCGCGGCCCUUGCAAUCGAUCUCCCCCGCUGGCAUCGAGAGCGUCAUGGACGAGCUAGAGGUCAAGCCGAGCGCCUCCCCGAUCGCCACGGAAGAGAGUCCGGAGUCAGCGUCGAGCAGGAGACGUCGCAGGAUCGAUGAUAUUCUGGCGGAGUUCACCGACAACGAGGACGGCGAUUUGCAGGAACUGGCAAAGUUGACGCGCGCACGUGCUCGUUACGGCGCCGAGUCACACGGCGGUGCGUCGCAGGGUGGAAAGGGGGAGAAGAAGAUCCGCAGCAAGGUUCGACGGCCGAAACGAUCCGACGCCAAGCCAGAGUCCGCGUCGCGAUCAGACAAACGACGUAGCGCCAAGUCCAAGAAGCCAGAUGUAUACCGCCCGGGUGACGUGAUUGGCGAGGGCGAUUCCCGCAUCAUCUACGAUCUCGACCUGCCGUCCGAGGCGUUUGAGAAGAUUCGCGAGGAGGUGGCGUGGCAGAAGAUGUAUCACCUGUCUGGGCAGGUGCCUCGACUAGUUGCAGUGCAGGGGUUGCCGCUGGCUGAUGGAUCGAUCCCAAUAUAUCGCCAUCCGGCAGACGAGUCCCCGCCCCUGCAACCGUUCACUGCGACGGUGAACAAGGUGCGCGCGAUUGUCGAGCGCAUCCUCGGUCACCCGUUAAAUCAUGCGCUGAUCCAACUCUACCGGGACGGACAGGAUCGGAUUUCCGAGCAUUCCGACAAGACCCUCGACAUCGUGCGCGGCUCGUCGAUCUGUAAUGUCAGUCUUGGUGCGCAGCGGGUCAUGGUCCUCCGUACCAAAGGCUCGUCAGAGGAUUCAGAAUCGGGUCGACAGACACAGCGCAUUCCCAUGCCACAUGAAUCACUUUUUGUGCUGGGGGAGAAGACCAACAUGCGGUGGCUGCAUGGAAUCCGACCCGACAAGCGUGCGGAGGCGGAGAAGUCGAUAGAGGAACGCGCUUAUGAGGGGCAGCGCAUCUCACUAACCUUCCGCCAUAUUGGUACAUUUUUGGACCCCGCGGGCGACACGAUCUGGGGCCAGGGCGCGGUUUCAAAGUCGCAGGAUGGUGCCCACCCGGUGAUCCACGGCGACGCAGCUGAGACGGAGCGCAUCAUCCGAGCGUUCGGCGAGGAGAACCACGCCACAGAGUUCAACUGGGAGGGAGUUUAUGGGGGCGGGUUUGAUGUAGUCAACUUUGUCACUGCUUGUACGACCAAACUUAUCUUGGGGUCUGACGCCGUGGCCAAUCUCCGGGUGCGUUUGUGUUUGAGCGAGAACGGCAUCCGCUAUGAGACCAGCUCGGACGCGUCGCAGGGCACGCGCCCGCUUUUUAUUGCCGCCGACGGCGCCCAGCUGGCCGGUGACGUAAUCAUCCUAAGCCACUUUGCGGAGCGCGCGGCAGAGUCUGUGCGACCUGGGGUCGACGCGCUGCCGGGGGGAGAUCACUUGACAGCCAUCGACGACCUCCUCGCCAGCUGGCGGGACUACCAACGCCAGGGCACAGGGGAGCUGCAGUUGACGUCGUGGGAGGAUGCUCUAGACGGACAGCCGUACUUGAGCGGCGCCGUGUUUGGCAUUGACGACUGCUCGCUGUGGCCGGUCCUGCGGGAAAUUGCGCAGACGGAGCUAUUGUCCGGGAAGAUGUAUCCGAACCUGACGCAGUACUACCAACGAGUUGAAAAGCGCGGCAUUGUGAAGGCCACGCUGGAAGAGUGAGUCGGAAGACGUUACGAGACACGACUUUGCACGAUACCAUAUAUAGUUGCAUGAGC